AUGCAAAAUGAUCUUGAUAAUACUUACAUGCAAAAGUCAAUAGCCUGUUUUGCACUCGAUGCCGAAAAGCUAUUAAUUGUUAAAUUGUCCAAUGUAAUGCCAUUUCUUGUUCCUCUAUUAACUCGAUUGACCAGUGGCUGUAUUAAUCUAAUCGAUAAAUUGCGUGGCAUUAUGCCAUCGCUGAUGAGUAACGUUGGAGAGAUUCCAGCCUUGUGGAUCAUCAAACAAGUGGAAAAUGUUGUUAAAGAACGAUUAAAAUCUGGAAAACGACGAAUGGAUUUACUUCAGUUAAUGUUAGAUGCAGCAACAUACGAUGAAGUCAAGGUUAUAUAA